CAUAAUUUAUACAGCUACAGUAGCCAGUAGCUACAAGCCUCAGAUCUAGAUACAAAGUUACGAUAGAGAUACGGUAGAUAUAAUUAUCCUAGUUCCUGUGGAGAGUACAUGUAUAAACUUACCGAAAACACCGGAGCAACAGACAUAAAUUCUUGUGAACAGCCGUUUUGUAUACAAUAACUUUCUCUCUAUCAGCAAGAUGACAUUGCAGUUUGCCUCUCUAAUUGCGUCGAUACUCUGUGCCCUACUGCCUGGGAUUUAUGGUGUUACUAUAUCCACCACCCCUGGCUCUGGACAGUUCACCAUAGGCAGUCAGGUCCACAUCUCGUGUUUGUAUACCUCUCAGUUCGUAUUCGACUCGUUCGUCCACCCAAUCUACGGCCAGAUGCAGGGGAGCAACAAUUAUUAUCGCAUCCAAAACGUCAACAAUGUAGCCACUCUUGAAUUUCUGGAACCUAGACCGCUAGAUACAGGUACCUACUUCUGCACGUUUGAUGCUGUGUCAGGAGAUGGUAGAGAUCACGCACUUACUAACCUGGUUUAUGUUCCCUCCGUUACUUUCGUGGACCAAAUCACAAGUUUUGAAGGUCUGGUUGGAGAGAGUGUCACUCUGGCUUGCACUCCUCAGCAUGCUAGCUCUAAUGGUAUCCAAUGGAUGCGUAAUGGUCGAGUUAUCAAUUCUCAAGUGGCCCGAGUGACCGUGGUUGGAGGUGACCUCACUAUCUACCCCGCUCAACUGGGGGAUAGUGGUCUCUACGUCUGCAGUGCUGGGAAUGCUGUCAGUCUAAAUUACGUGAACACCUACCUGGAUAUUUCACUUCGUCCCACUGCAGUGGCGACCCCGAACUUCCUGGAGGUGGACUUGGGAGACUCUGCAGAGUUUAAGUGUGUCGUAGUGGCAUUCCCAGCACCUACUGUGCAGUGGGUGGAGCUCUCCACUGGAGCUGUUGUAGACUCACAGUACACACUAUCAGUUCCAAAUAAUGAUGAGAACAACCACACGUCUGAACAUUACCUGCGGUUCUUGAACGUGUCAUCCGAGUUCAUUGGUAGUUACCGUUGCCAUGCAGAGAACAGUGGUGGGGCGGCCGAUGAUAACAGGGUCAUCCUCAAUCUAAUCGGUACACUCGGAGCUAUUCAAGAUGUUGUCCUGGAUAUAGUCAACCAGACCAACAUCAGGGUCACUUGGAGCGCCCCUCUGGCCAACCUCAUCUCUUACACCGUAACCUGGCAAUCAUACGACGGAGCCAUGCCUCAGUCUCAAGUGUUGAACGGGCCCAACCCACCCACCACCUACCUCAUUACUGACCUCCAGAGACUAACCAUGUACAGCAUCUUUGUCUAUGCCACAAAUGCAAAGGGAAGAGGUGUGGACAGUGACGAAAUGAACAUAUCCUCAACUGCAGUGGCUCCAAGUGGUCAAGUGAAGUUUACACUGUUUGACAUUUCCUCUGUCUCAACUCGAGUUGAAUUUAACCUCUCCGUUGUUGAUGAUGGUGGAGCAAAGCUGUCUGUUAUCAAGCUCUUCUACUCACAAGAUGCUGGGCAGACGUGGCGGAGCACGGGAUUGAACUGUACUAGGCCAGGACAGCUCCCAAACUACUGCACUAGACCAGCACUGCUUCCUAACUUGCUGCCUGAGACACGAUACCUUCUCAGAGCACAGCCAGGAAAUGAGAUUGGUUUUGGACCUCUGUCCGACACUAUCAGCUUUACAACCUCCCCUGAGGGCUACCCAGGCUCUCCCAGUCAUGUGACCAUCCAGGGCCUGGGAGACAACUCUGUGCUCGUCUGCUGGGACCUUAGUCUAGUUGGAGGCCCAUUCUCUGAGCACACCAUAUCGUGGAUGACAGCUAAUGGCACCACUGACUCCUUGAGCCUGGAUGAAGCAGAGCUAGAGACAGAGCAGUGUGCGCUAGGAGCUACUGUUGGUGAUCUAGACUCUGGCUCAUGCUACCAGUUCACAGUCACAGUGAGCAACAGCCGAGGCACUGGACAGAGCAGUGGCCCCUCUGAGCUGGCAUGCACUUCAGUCCCUACACCAAUCACCAGCACUGCUACUGUCUCUCCGGCCGAACCUCUCACAACACCCAUCAUCGUAGGAGCUGUGGUCUUUGGUGUACUGUUAGCCCUCAUAGUGAUUGUCGUUGUGAUUCUCCUCUGCUGCUGCUGUCUCAAACUCAGACAGAAGCAGAAGUAUAACCUUCCUGAUAGAAGAGAGUCAGCUCGCUCUGAUGCUAAUCUAAUGCCCUACCAGCAACAGAUCAGCUCUGGAAGCUCCUCCUCAGAUACCUCCCCACAAACAGCGUCAACACAAGUAUCCAAUCCCUUCUUGUUCGAGGCACCACCAAAUGUACCGAGUGCAGAUGUGCCAUACUAUUACAAUGGAACGAAUGCUCUCGGCCCAAUGGGCUCCAAAACAAUGGGUCCAACUUACCCUAGUACAGGUCACCUGAUGCAGGCUCGCUCCACCCACUCCCUUCCCGCCUAUUACCCACCACCAACACAGCAACCACCUCCUCCCCCACAGCAUCAGCAGUCAAAUUUCGAAAUGAUCGAUAAUCCCUAUUACAAGAAAUUUCAACUACGAAAUAUUCCAGAACAAGAAGAAGAGUACACCAAUGCUGCCUACGUUACUAUCCCCAACACGUGCAGAGCUCCACCCCUUGUACCUCCCUACUAUGCUGACGAUGCCUCGGAGGUGGCCCAGAGUGAAGUGUCCUCCAUUCCCAUGGGAGAUAGCUACUCCCAACCCUCCACCUCACCCAGACUGAAGAAGAAAAAACACAAACACAACCACGGGGCUCAGCCGAGUGCGGCUGGUGUUGACUUUAUUGAUAACAAUGCUUACGAGACUAUACCUCAUGCUCGUGGAUUGGCCACUAACGGACCGAGUGUCUAUGGCGACCCCGAGUUGGAAUCAGAACCGAGAUUCAAAAUUCAGAGUCAGCAGGAACGAGGGGCUGUAUUUGAAACCGUCCAAUUCAAGUACCCUUAACUGAAUGACUGCAUUUGUCUGUGUUUAUGUGUGUGAUUACAAUUAAAGAUUACUCGCACAUUUGUCUCCGAUCUAUUAUAACUAUGUUGUAGUUGUAUUGGUAAAAAGCAUAAUUACUGUUUGUUGUUUGUGUUAUGUUUUGGUUGGUACUUUAUGUUUUGAUUUACUUUUAAAAGUUUUUAUUAUUAUUCAUUGAUGUGAA